CAGCGGCGGCUGCGGCGGCGGCGGCGGCAGCGGCGGCUGCAGAUGUGGAUGCGGAGACCAGCCGGGGCUCCGAAGGCAACCCAGACUUUCCUAUGGCCUCGCUGUACGUGGGCGACCUGCAUCCUGAAGUGACAGAGGCAAUGCUGUAUGAGAAGUUCAGCCCGGCCGGGCCCAUCCUGUCCAUCCGCAUUUGCAGGGACAAGAUCACCCGCCGCUCGUUGGGCUACGCGUACGUCAACUACCAGCAACCGGUGGAUGCCAAGCGGGCCCUGGAAACCCUGAACUUUGAUGUGAUCAAGGGCAGGCCCGUGCGCAUCAUGUGGUCCCAGCGGGACCCCUCGCUCCGCAAGAGUGGGGUGGGCAACGUCUUCAUCAAGAACCUGGGCAAGACCAUCGACAACAAGGCGCUGUACAACAUCUUCUCGGCGUUUGGCAACAUCCUGUCCUGCAAAGUGGCCUGCGACGAAAAGGGGCCCAAGGGCUACGGGUUUGUGCACUUCCAGAAGCAGGAGUCCGCAGAGCGAGCCAUUGAUGCGAUGAAUGGCAUGUUCCUGAACUACCGCAAAAUUUUCGUUGGGAGAUUCAAGUCGCAUAAAGAACGAGAGGCCGAAAGGGGAGCCUGGGCCAGGCAGUCCACCAGUGCUGACGUCAAAGAUUUCGAGGAAGACACGGAUGAGGAGGCCACCUUGCGAUGAAGACAUGCCAGGGACGAGCCAGCCAGCAGAGCCAAACCUUGGCUCCCACCCGGUUUACAACCACCCUCUUUGCCCCUCUAACCCACCAGCAGUGUAUUGUAUUGUACUGGGAGUGCAGGUCUCUCUUUAUCUCUCUCUCUCUCUCUCUCUCUCUCUCUCUCUC